AUGGUCUUGAUGUCGAGAAGCAGGAUGCUGCUGGCUUGCAGCCUGCUCUUGUCCAUGUCCGGCUGGGCUAUCGGUCAAGCCGACAAUGACGAUGAUAGUGGUCUUCGCUCCUCGCCUGCGCCAAAGGAUUUCAAGCGGAGAUGGCACCCAAGAGCCAACGCCACGCUCUCGAUUCCGCUGACGCGUUCCUGGAAGCCGGCGGAGGUUAAGAUCACGGAGAUUGACAAGCCUGUCAUGGGCAUGGUGAAAGAGGCCAUUUUCACGCACAACGCGUCAAACUCGUUCUACAUCUGGGGCGGCCACGUUCCGUACGACGCCGCACCCGUUCCGACAAACCAGCUCUGGAGGUUCAGUUCUGAUGGCGACGGAGGCGGCACCUGGAAUCCCGAAACACCCGGCAACCCCUCGACGUACACGAGCCUCAGGCGCUCCCAGGGCGGCGCCUACGUGAGCACACCCGAUGCCGCGUUCUGGUUCGGCGGUCUCGAGACCCCGGGCACCUCUGGCGGCCCCCGAGGCUACGUACCGGGCUAUCUCUCGUUCAACUUCACGACCAAGUCAUGGGCCAACGAAACGAACAGUCCUUGGUCAUCCUACGGAACCCUGUACGGCGGUGAUGCACACUACGUCCCUACCUUUGGUCCUAACGGCAUCGUUAUCCUCAUCGGCGGCGCGGCGUGGGAUAUGACGGGCUCGGGCUCGAUGGGCUACCUUGAUAUGCAGAAUCUCACCUUCUUCGACCCCGUCACGCGCGAGUGGCACUCCCAGACGACGUCGGGUGAAGCUCCCCUUCGCCGUGAAUGGUUUUGCGUCGCCGGUGCCGAGUCAACAAACGGAACCUAUGAAAUCGUGGUCCACGGCGGUAGAAACCAGGCCAACAAGGCCGCUUUUGACGACGUCUACAUUCUCAGUCUUCCGGGAUUCGUCUGGACGAAGGCCGAGUACGAAGCCAAGGGAUCUCGCACCGCUCACGCAUGCAUUGUCGCCGGCAACCGCCAGAUGAUCAGCGUCGGAGGCGUUGACGACAACAAGGGAAGUCCUGCCAUCUGGGAGGACAUUGAUCCGCGCCCACAGGGACUGGGCAUCUUUGACAUGACGCAACUCAAGUGGACAGACGCCUUCGACGCCGAUGCUGGUGCGUAUGAAUCGCCGGCCGAGGUGCAGGCGUGGUAUGAUGAAGGUGGUCUCCAAAAGGUUCCGUGGUCUUCGGACAACGUAAAGAAGCUCUUCACCGACAGCGCCUCUUCGGAGGAGUCGGAAGAGGGUACCUCUGGUGGAAAUGAGAAUGGAAACAGUGGCAAUGCGAACGGCGAGUCUUCCAACAGCUCAACGCCGGUGGGGGCCAUUGCGGGCGGCGUCGUGGGUGGUGUCGCCGGCAUUGCGCUUGUGGCCUUCCUCGCAUGGUUUCUCGUCCGCCGCCGACGGAGGAACACCAACCAAGGGCUGGAGAGGGAGAAGGAGUCACAUAUGAUGCUACCGGCCGAAAUGCCGCCGUCCACGCACGGCGGGACUGCAACAAUGACGACAAGCUCAUCGUCCCCGUCGAACUGGGGCAGCACAGUAGCGGGAUCCCCGGCCCAGGGAAACGUUGUGCCGGCUCAUGUUGAGAUGGACGACACGUCGCCGAGGCCGGAGCUCAUGGGAUCGGGACCAUACCCGUACCACGGGGCAGAACUGGAUGGAGGCAAUUACCCGGCGAGGUAG